AUGUGUGACAUGGGAUCCUCUCCCCCCGACUCUCCACUGGCAGCUCCUAAAGUCUUAAUUUCAAGAAACUUCUAUGACUUUUGCCAAAUGUCGGAGUUCCCUGAGGGACCAGAAACUUCAUUUCUGCAGCUUUGCCUUGAACCAAACAAAAAUACAAAAGGGAAACUUGCACGUGACCUGCAAGGCGUGGUGCGUUCGGGGUGUCUGCAUGCUGGCGCUGACCUGGUGGCAGGGUCCUCACGCAGACAGCUGAGCUCCUUAAACACACCGACCCACGUCCUCCACUGGAGCCAGGGCAGCUGGUUCCAGGACUGGGAAGUCUGUGCUCUGUGUCACGGAGAUAAGUGGAUCUUCAGUACCAACCGCCAUUAG